UUAGCUUCCUGUGGUAUACUGAUGAGCAGAACUCUCCCACUGCAUACCUCAGUUUUGCCUAAGGAGAGACAUGCAAGAACUUUCUUCAAAAUCACUGCACCAUUAAUAAACAAAAGAAAAGACUAUUCGGAGAGAAGAAUUAUCGGAUAUUCAAUGCAGGAAAUGUAUGAUGUGGUAUCGGGAAUGGAGGAUUACAAGCAUUUUGUUCCUUGGUGCAAAAAGUCAGAUAUAAUAUCAAGGAGAUCUGGAUAUUGUAAAACUCGCUUAGAAAUCGGCUUUCCACCUGUGCUGGAGCGAUACACCUCAGUAGUAACCUUGGUCAGACCGCAUUUGGUAAAGGCAUCCUGCACGGAUGGGAGACUUUUCAAACAUUUGGAGACGAUUUGGCGUUUCAGCCCGGGCCUUCCUGGCUACCCAAGAACUUGCACACUGGAUUUUUCAGUGUCAUUUGAGUUCCGUUCACUUCUGCACUCUCAGCUCGCCACGCUGUUUUUCGAUGAGGUGGUGAAGCAGAUGGUGGCCGCCUUUGAAAGGAGAGCGUGCAAGCUGUAUGGCCCGGAGACAAGCAUCCCACGGGAGCUGAUGCUGCACCAGGUGCACCACACGUAGGGUGACAGGCGGCCACACCUGCGCCUGCACGGUCCCUGUGAGCAGUGCUUUCGGGCUUCACUUUGAGGAGUCAGGGAGCAGUUGUUAAGCCCAGCCUGCUCCGCUGAGAACUCACACAUAGAACAUGGACCCACGUGUACAUAAGUAUUCAUUCAAUCAAGUGUGAUUCCAAGCUUCUGCAUUUGCAGUAAGGGGGACACCACCACUGCUAUCGAUACUGACACCAUUCUGAGCAGGAACUACACUGUAGUUUAAAAUACCUUUUGCAAUGUACUUUGUUUUGUUUUGUUCUUGGUACCAGGGAUUGAACUCGGAUCCUUGCGCCUUUGAGGCAGACAGUGGAACCACUGAGCUAAAUCCUUGGCUUAAAAUACCUUUUAAUUAGCACCUUCCCUGUGAGAAGCUUGUUGGCAUACAUAGUAUAUGUUAACCAUAUCAUGUUUAAGUUAUUAAAUUCAGAAUAUGUGUAACUUAUUGUUGUAGGCCUGCCAUAUGGCUUAGGAUGGAUGAGUAAUCAUAUUUCAAGCAAAAAUUUUGAUUUAGCUGGGCAUGGUGGCGCACACUUGUCAUCCCAGCUAUUUGGGAGGCUGAGGCAGGACAAUCACAAGUUUGAGGCCAGCAUGACCGCCUGAGUGAGACCCUGCCUUGAAUAAAUUUGAGUGCUACAGUGCUUCCCUAGUUCAGGGAAGGGUUCAAUCCUCAGGGCCCUGGGUUCAAUCCUUGGCACUGCAAAGUAAAAACUUAAUGAAGGUUCCCUGGUGCUGUUGGUCAGUGAGGCUGGCUCGUGGAUGCACAGUGAGGUGUGUGCUUUGGUUUCUGAGAGGUCAGAGUGCGGAGCUCCCUUUGGGGGAUGGCAGCCUCCCAGGGCUCUGGCCAGACUGUCCGCAGGGAUGCUCACGCCAUGUGACAGGGACAAGCUGGUGACUGUCCUCCUGCACCACACAGCCCCUUUCCUAUUUAUUGUGUGUACUCACUUUCAAUAAUAUAUUCCAAACUGAAGUUUUCUAAACAAAUCAUGUAAGGACUGAAGUAGUAACUUAAUAAAGCUAAUUUGUUUAUUUUUGGUACAAUUUCUUUGGUUAUUGAAAUCUUCCUGUAUUGUUGAGUGUGUGCUUAGAUGGAAGUAAAGUGUCACGGCAUUUUGUGCCUUAAAACACUUCUGUAGAGCCGGGUGUGGUGGCACAUGCCCGUGAU